GAAAGGAGAGGUAUUAUGUACUUGCAAACUCUUAUAAAUUUUUCGGUUUAUAGUAUUUACUAUAUACGUAAUAAUAAUUUCAUUAUGUAGGACCGUGAGCUAGUUGGAACAAGCAGCAGGCAAAAACAAAAAUUUACACACACGGCAGGGUCGAGAAGUUUUGCUUGUGUAGCUCAGGCCGCGGAAGCCUCGUCUGGUCAAAAACUUGGACGCCUUCAGCUUUUUGACAUUACGCACAGGAAAAAAGAUGGAACUCCGAUGACAUCUGAGGCUGCAGAAAUUAUGGAGAAACUAAAAGAUAAGAAGGCAGAGUAUGAAGCGACUGCUUCGACUGAUAGUUCUAUUAAUUUUGAGGAUAUUGAUAACAGAAUUAUUAAUGAAGUUUUGGGUCCUGAAAGGUAUGGUCGGGUUAGAUUUCAAGGAUCUGGUGUUAACUCGACCCAAUAUUUUGGAUCCACCUCGCACCAAUACAUGCCUUCCGGGAGUCAAAGUCAAGCUGAAGUUCAGAGGCUAAAAGAUCAGAUAGUUCAAAUACAAGCUAGCACAGAUGAGCAAAUUUCUCAACUCAGAGUGGUGGCAGCAACAAGGGAGGCGGAGGCAGCAGUGAGGGAGGCGGAGCAGAACAGAAAAUACAGUGAACUCCAGCUACAGCUUCAGUCUAUGAUGACUAUGUUCCAUCAAUUUCAAAAUCUGCCAUCUUAGACAUUUGUUUUCUUGUAACUUUUAACAUUAUUGUAAGAAUAUUUUGAAUAUUCAUUUACAAUUUAUAUAA